AUGGUCGGCGCAUUUUUGUUUGUACUCGCGUCAGGCUAUAUAUGGUCCAUUGUCCUCGUCAUGGUCAUUUCCAUACUUGUGUAUCGUGAAGUCAUUCAGAUUGCAUAUAUGCCAGGCAAAGAUAAGAAUGUACGAUGGUUCAAAACAAUGAGCUGGUAUUUCUUGAUCAUUACAGAAUACUACCUGUAUGGUGAAUCCAUCAUUUAUUACUUCAAAGAAAUUGUCAUGGUGGAUGCACUAUUACUUCCAUUUGCCACCCAUCAUCGAUUCAUCAGUUUUAUCCUCUAUGUCAUCGGAUUUGUUUUCUUUGUGAUGAAUUUACAAAAAGGACAAUAUCGGUUCCAAAUGGCUCAGUUUGGUUGGACACAUAUGGCUUUGUUCCUCAUCGUCGUUCAAAGCCAUUUCAUCGUCGACAAUAUUCUGGAAGGAUUAAUUUGGUUUAUUCUACCUGUUGCUCUAGUCGUUUGCAAUGACGUUUUUGCUUACAUCUGCGGCUUCUUCUGGGGCCGUACACCCCUCAUUCAACUCAGUCCCAAGAAGACCGUCGAAGGUUUCGUAGGAGCCUUUAUUUGUACUCUUAUCCUUGGCUUCAUCGCUACCACCAUCUUGAUGCGUUUCGACUAUCUGACAUGCCCGGUUCAGGAUUUGGGGGCUGCUGCAUGGUCUCACGUAUCUUGUGAACCAAAGAAUCCCGUAUUUACGGCCGCGGCUUGGAGAUUACCUGCUAUUGUUCGCUAUGUCAUAAAGGCAUUGUCUUUCAAGGAUGUCCCUGAGGUCAAAAUUGCUCCUGUACAACUCCACGCUAUCGUUAUGGCUUGCUUUGCUUCCUUGAUUGCCCCAUUUGGUGGUUUCUUUGCCAGUGCAGUCAAGCGCGCUUUCAAAAUUAAAGAUUUUGGCCACAGUAUUCCUGGUCACGGCGGUCUUACUGAUCGCAUGGAUUGUCAAUUCCUCAUGGGUCUCUUUGCCUACAUGUACUAUCAAAGCUUUAUCAAGAUGUACAAUGUCUCUGUGGGAACCAUUCUUGCCUUGGUGAUCAAUAAUAUGGGCCCUGAGGAACAGCUUGAAUUGGUGGAGAGACUGCAGACCUACUUGGGUAAUCAACAACAUCUCUCAAGCAACAUUGAUGCUGUCGUUGCAAAAGCACAGCACUUGUGGGGCCGUUGA